AUGCAACAGACAAAUGUGAAAAAUCUCCAAACAGAGCCCAAAGCCACCAAAGAUUCGGAGGUGAUUGAGAAAAAGGAAAUUCCUACAGGCAAUCAAAAUAUUCCUGUGGUGCCUAAACUUGUGCAAAGUGAGAAUGCUUCAGCAACCAUGUUGGAAACUAAUGGAAUAGUGGUGAAAGAGAAGGGUGCUGAAGAGCUUCCUCAGAUUUUUACACAUAAGGAAGUUCAGAAGGAGUGGACUUGCGCUUUAUGCCAUGUAACAACAACGAGCGAGAAAACCUUGAAUUCACACCUGCAAGGUAGCAAACAUAGGCAGAUGGAGAUUGCUAUGAAGGCAAAGAAUCAAUAUAAACAGAAGCUGAAAAGUGAUCACUCCAAAGAGGAAUUGAAACAGAAGAACAUUGAUCAGCCAAAAUUCAAGACUAAGAAUGGAGAGAAACCUACUUGGACGAAUAAUUCAGAAAUAAGAUGUGAAAUCUGUAAUGUGAAAUGCCCUUGCGAGAUUACCUUGGCCUCUCAUAGAAAAGGGAAGAAGCAUUUGGCUAAGUUAAAAGUUUAA